AUGUCAGGAACACCAAUCUGCCCAACUUGUCAUAAGCGUGUUUAUUUCAACGAAAGAUUAACUUUCGCUGGUAAGGAUUACCAUAAAAUUGGCUGCUUCAAAUGUACUUCAUGCCAUAAGACACUCGAAAUUUCUAAAGCUCGUGAAUCUGAUGGUAUGCCUUAUUGUGCUAAUUGUCAUGCACAAAAACAAGGGCUUAAAGGAUUCCAACCAGGAAAUGUCCUUACUUCAUAUACUGGUUAUGGUGGAGGAAAAGGUGAAGUUGAUAAUUCUACUGUUGUUGGUGGUAGAAUUGCUGAGGUUGCUGCUCAAGAAGAGGCUGAACAAAUGAGAAAUGCUCCAGUCAGAUCAGCACCUACUCCAUCUGAUCUUCCAAAAUUCUGUCCAAGUUGUGGUGCUAAGAAUAAUGGAGGAAAAUUCUGUAGUGAAUGUGGUAACAAGUUUUAA